ACAUGGGGUAUGUUUUUAGUAAAACGUCCAUGUAGCUUACCACAGAAAAGUAAGUUUGAUUAUAACAAAAAUCAGCAUUGGCCAUAGGUGUUUGUUAAGGGUCAUUGUCAAGAAAACAAUGAUCAACAGUAAGGACACUGAGUAAUGAUGACAUAUUUGCUAUUCGUAGAGCAAUACUGCUAUGUAUUCAGGAUUUCAAACACCAGCAGCACUCAUGUAUUCUUCAUCUCCAACAUGUAUGUAUGUAUGUAGUGUACAGUUAUCCUAUUCUCCAAGGGCUAUACUUUGACCACUAUUUCUCCCUGCAUUUUAGGCCUAUAUUGAAGGCAGCCACCUUUAAAACAGACUCAGCCUUCUCUAGGUCCUCUGAAUAUAACUACAUCACAUCUCAUUUCUAAGAUUCCUUUACUCAAUAUGUCACAUUUCAUGUUAAGAUGCAUAACAUUAAAAGUAUAUGGGCGCAGUUAAAAAUGACUGCAUCAAAAGAGAUAAUUGACUGCAUGUGACCUUUGAACUGAAAUGGGUUUGACACCCCUGAUUUAGCUGGUGUCGGAGACGACUAUCAUGCUUGGAGUGGUCAUGUUAUGCAGUUUCAUAAGAAUGCGAUGGGAUAAUGCCAUUCUUUGCAAAGUAACUCUUCUUAUGUAGCACCUGUUUUGCAGGGGACCUAGUCAAGGAGGGAGACCCACACCCUGUCUACAGUACUCCUGUAUUUUCCCUGAACUUGGGAUAUAAGAUGUCAAACAUUCCUUUGAUUUCUGUUUUUCUUUUUGUAACGUUCCAGGAAUCAACAGAUGAAAACAUGUCUUCAGUUACUCCCACAACACCAUGUCCGUUUCCUAUCCUGUACAGUGACCAGGACUCUGCAGAAGAGUCCACACCUGACUCUGAGGAGGAAUACCUACCUGACAUCGAAGAUGAAGAAGGAGGAUGCAUCGAGGAUGCUUUUGCUCAACCUGUGGUGGGAGUCAACCAAAUGCUGUGGAAAGUAAUCAGCGUUAUGACCCAAGAUGACAUUACAGACACCAUCAAGCGGGAUCCCUCAAUUCUCAUGAUGGGUGAACAUCUGUACAACAAAGUGGGUUCAGAUCCAAGUAAGCAUCAGUACAUCAGGCAGAAACUGCGUGAAGUAGGCAGACUUCUACUCUACAGUAAGGAGGUGGGUCAUCUGAAAACCAUGUCUGAUUUCAUCAUACCCGCCAAUUUUCCACAUGUUGUCAGUGCAGUACGACAUGUGUCAGGAUUCAGUGCUGAAAAGAACAACUUCUGCAUUCCAUCACUGGCCUUAAAGUUAGGCCAUAGUUUGAAAAUAAUUGCAAACAUAAUCGAGUGUGAAGCUAUGAAGAAAGGAGAAAGAGAAUGUGUCCAGAAUGCCCAGACCUUCAAACAAAUCUAUGACACCAAGUGGAAUGAAUGCAUCUCUUCUUCGGCUCUUCGAACACUAACUGAUGCCAAAUAUAAUGCACCACAGUUCCUCCCCUUCACCGAUGACGUCCGGAAGCUGCAUCUGUACCUUGACGACAAGCAAAAAGAGAAUGUCCGCAAGCUGUCAGCAGUAGUCAGCCAGAAGAACUGGGCCAGUCUAGCUAAAGGGACUUUGGCCCAGAUCAUCUUGUUUAACCGUCGGCCGCAAGGGGAAGUUUCCAAAAUGCCACUAACAGCAUUUACAUCGCGAGACGCAUCCUCUAUGCACCCUGAUGUUGAAGAAGCACCAAAUGAAGUGGAGAAGAAACUCUGUGGUCACUUUCAACGAGUAGAGAUAAGGGGGAAGUGUGGCAGGAAGGUCGCGAUUCUUCUUACUCCACCCAUGGUUCAGUCAAUGGAACUCCUUGUUGAAACGCGCAGCAGCUGUUUUCCUGUUGAGAACCAAUACAUGUUUGGACGACCAGGAACACAGUCCCAUUUCAAAGGAUCCGACUGUAUUCAGAUUUUUGCGCAACAUUGUGGGGCAAAGCAUCCGGAGUGGCUGUCCUCCACCAAGUUACGAAAGCACAUUGCAACCAUGUCCAAGGUGUUAAACUUGACGGACACUGAUAUGGAUCUGUUGGUUCAGUUUCUGGGUCAUGAUAUCCACGUGCACAAGAAGUUCUACCGUCUUCCUGAAGGUACUCUGGAACUGGCCAAAACAACGAAGAUUCUUACAGCACUGGAGACUGGGCGGUUGGCAGACUUCAAGGGCAGAAAUCUUGAUGAAAUCAAUAUCGACCCCAAUGAGACACUUGAUGUUAUUACAGGGUUUGCUGAUGAGGACUGCUCAGACACGGACCCUACCACAUCACAGCCAGGAGCCAAUAACACCAACAAAGAUUCACCAUCUACAUCAGCGAGAGAUGAAACGCCACAGACACUUGAUGUUACGACAGGGUUUCCUGAUGAGGACUGCUCAGACACGGACCCUACCCCAUCACAGCCAGGAGCCAAUAACACCAACAAAGAUUCACCAUCUACAUCAGCCAGAGAUGAAACGCCACAGACACUUGAUGUUACGAGUACGACAGGGUUUCCUGAUGAGGACUGCUCAGACACGGACCCUACCCCAUCACAGCCAGGAGCCAAUAACACCAACAAAGAUUCACCAUCUACAUCAGCCAGAGAUGAAACGCCACAGACUGGACCAAGUACAUCACCCAAGAGGAGGUGGACACACGAGGAGGUUGCAGCUGUUGAGGCCAAGUUCAUGAAUCUCAUAAAGGCAGGAAGAACGCCCGGUAAAAGGCAGUGUAUCGAAUGCAUUCAAGCUGCACCAAAAGCACUACAAAACAGAGACUGGACUGCCAUCAAAUACUAUGUCAAAAAUCGAAUCGCCUCAUACCAAAGAGUGGCAAGUAAGAGGGUCACAUAAAAUGUCCCAGACUGGAGCAUUGGUAUCUUGCAGUAGAUAAACAGCUAGGUUGUUGGUGUUCACGUCCUCUUGGCUGCUGUAUUUAGUUCAUGUCUGCAGGAUAGGUGUUGGUGUUAAUGUUGUCUUGGCCACGUUCUCUUGGUUCUCCUUGUUCUCUUUUAUGUAGUAUGAUAGGCUCAGGUGUUUUUCCUGGUGUGAUUCAGCAGUGUAUAACCUUGAGUAAAACUUAUGGAAAGCCUGGUUAAUUAUAUCCCCGAAACGCGGAGUGUCGGGGAUGUAAUGGUUUUGCGUGCACCGCCGCGCCCGCCGCCAUGUCCGCCGCGUUAGGUCUUUCGUGUUAACGCGAUAUCUUUUGAACGGAUGGUGGAUUUGUCCCAGAUUGGGUGUGUGAAGCUGAAGGGUAGGUUCAUGAACUGAUUAGAGUUUGGAGGUCAACACAUUCAAGAUGACCACAUUUUUAUUUGGCCCAUAACUUCUGACUGGGUGGAUUGAUUUGCCCGGUAAUUCCUUAUUUUAAUGGUUCACCAUUUCAGUGAAUCUACCAUAUUCGGUACAGUGUAAUAACCAGUGUAACAAUGUGUAAUACCAUGUAAUUCUAGUGUAAUAUCAGUGUAACAAUAUGCAAUACCAUGUAAUACCACUUACACAGAAAUACAUGAUGUAAGUGCAAAAUUGGUACAUGGUGCCACUGGUAUUAUAUGGGAUUAAAUAGUGUUUCACUGGUUACUACACUGUACCUAAUGUGGUAUCUCCUCUGUAAUAGUGAACCAUUAAAACAGUGUUACCAUUUGCCCCACAUUUUCAUUUUCACAAUAAUCAUUUGGUUUUAAGCCUAUGCACGUCAUUGAUCUAUGUAUAGAUAUUAAAUAUAUUUCUUUUAUAUUUUGUAUUUAUCAUACACGUUUUUGAAAAGGUGGACGGGAGUGGUAGGAAUGAUGGGGGACUGGAAGCGUCGCGUUUCGGGGAUAUACCUUAAACAGUCGAAAGCGACUGCACAGGCCUAGUUUGAAAGUGGUUGAUAUGUUUAGUGCCUGACUGAUCAUUUAUUUCACGUAUACUGUGGGCCGCAGACCUUUUGGCGCAGCUUGGUGUGCAAGAGUUGUCUCUAUUUUCUCCAUGCUCAUAAAUCUAUAUCGAGAAGGUUUGUGAUGUGUUUAGUCGAUACAAGGUUAAAUUCUGUCUGUAAUAUAAGCCUUUGUUUAUAUAGGUCUGGGGUCUGAGCAAGUGACCAAUCCACAUGUAGGGUAUCCUCUGUUAGUUUUGCUACUUCUCCCCUUUUCUUUUGGGCACAAUAGGAGAUAAUCUGUCCCCUUAAACUGAUACUGACCCAUUUUUGGAAAUAAGCUCAUAUUACAC